UAGAGCGCUGUGUUGUUUCUUUCGGACAUAUUUACAAACGGACCACCCUCCCAAGAUGGCGCUCUCCAUAGUGUAUCAAGGUGUGAGAGGUUGCAAUUCGCUGUGAAGCUGGAUUCCGCUCAAAGACGGCCAAAUGGGUUUCUGCAGCAAGACCUGGAGGAGACUGUUUCGUGGGAGCUAUUGCUGCAGACCUGCUGUGGGGAUCCAGGCUUUGAGGGAACAUAAUCUCACUGCAUGUGUUGCAAGGAAGAGGAGCAGUGAUAAAUCAGGACAGUUAAUGGAUCACCGUGCACAGCCUCGGGAUACAGCCCAGUUAAAGCUGCCACAAUGUAGGAGGGAAGAAGAGACGGAGAUAACAUCCAGGGUUAAUGAACUGUGUAAUGAGAGUAGGAAUCUGAACGGUGAAUUGAGAAAAACUACACCGAGUACUCUUACAAACGUUUUCAGAUCUUUGGAGUGGACUCCUAUUAGUAGUAACUGUUCUCCACUCUGGAGGAAGACUAAACGAUCAUGCACUGAAGACUGUGGUGGGCUUGUGGUCUUCAGGGAACAUAUGAUACACCCUCCAUAUACCUGGAUUAAAAAGAGAAAACUUGUCGAAAUAGUGAAAGGAAACCUUUUAUUGUCUUUAUACAAGCAGAGACUUCCUGUAGAUAACAACAUCUGUUCUUCCAGGUUUUACUCCCAGAUUCAUGAUGUAUCAAAUAGAGCUGAGGGUUCCACAGUCAGAACCAAACCACCUUGGAAUGUUAUGUUCUUUGGAACUGAUGAGUUUGCCAUGGAGUCAUUGAAGGGUUUAAACGACUCCAGGAAUGAGACACAGGAUCCAGUAGUUGGGAGGCUAGAAGUAGUUACGUUGCCAUCUUCUCUGCCAAAGGGAGUUCCUGUGAAAAACUAUGCAGCAGGCCAUGGAAUUACUGUACAUGAAUGGCCACAAACGGGCAGUUGUGAUCAAUUUGAUGUUGGUGUAGUGGCAUCCUUUGGACGACUUCUCAGUGAGGAACUUAUUUUAAAAUUUCCCUAUGGCAUAUUGAAUGUGCAUCCCAGUUGCCUACCCAGGUGGCGUGGCCCAGCUCCAAUAGUACAUACAGUGCUGAAUGGGGAUGAGAACACUGCUGUCACAGUUAUGCAGAUAAGACCAAAAAGAUUUGAUGUGGGACCUAUAGUGAUGCAGAAGAAGUUUCCUGUUCCUUCCACGUGCACUUCUAAGGACCUAGAAGCUGUCCUGUCUAAACAUGGCUCUGAAAUGCUAAUUUCUGUUCUGAAGAACUUACCCAAGUGCUUAAAGUAUAGCACUGAGCAGCCAACAGAAGGAGCAACAUUCGCCCCCAAAGUGUCUGCACCCAUGAGCUGCGUGAGGUGGGAAGAACAGCGUGCAGAGGACAUUUUACGCCUAGAGCGUGCGAUUGGAUUUGCGAUGCCAUUGCAGACUGUAUGGAUGGGUUCUCCAAUUAAACUCAUCAACUUUGUGGAGGUUCCUGCUGCAUUAAACAUUCAAGAAAAGGUUGAUGUGCCUGGUUCUAUUCGAUACCUGCGAGGGCCAGAGUUACUGAUUGUACGUUGCAAGGAUGGCUGGGUUGGAAUUAAAACAGUAAUUUUAAAGAAGAAAUUGUCUGCCAAGGACUUCUACAAUGGGUAUCUGCACCAGUGGUUUGUACAGAAGCCAAGUGUUCAGCUGGAGACAUGCAGGUUUCACACACUGUACCUGCCCCCCAAAGUCAAGGUUUCCAAACCGAAACAAGCAUCGCUGAGAAAUACAGCACGGUGAUGUUAUGUAUUCUUGCAUUGAACUGGCUAACUGGAGAUAUUCAACUAAAUGCAGCUUUUGGAAGAGAGCACUUACACGCCAUCAUUCAUGGUGGAAAUAAAGAAAAUUGUCAUAAUUGCAGGAAAAUGCUACAAGACAAAUGAACAUUUCAUACCCAACUCUUAAUAUAAAAAUAUAAUUUUACUUAUAUCAGGGAUUAACAAUCUGCUAGAGUGUACAUUUAAGAAGGGAUUGCUACCUCUAAUUAUGCAAUGAUUGCCAGGAGCUACAGUAUUAAAAUGCUGCCUCUCCUAAGCCAGAUAGACUAUGGACAUGUUGAUUAUUCUGUGUUGACACCCAGAGAAAUCAGAUGCAAUAUGCUAUUUGGGAAGCUGUUUUAAACAAUUCAUCUGGAGUUUAAGUAAGUAAACAUUUUUAUUUAAAUAAAA